CUUCGAUGACAGUGGUCACAAUGGUUACAAGUAGACAGUAUGGUGAUUGCUAAUCUGAGAAAGGCCAUUAACUCGGAUCUUGCUUUCGUUUGUGUUGUGCAAUAUUGGGGGUAACUGGCAUGGACUGCAGACAGCAAUCCCUUCGCCUGAUUGCUCCUUCGUCCUAGCCAAGUAUGGCUUCUACUGUUUGUAAGGUAGAAGGUAUGUGGGUAGGCAGGUACCUUCCUUGUCAUUGCCUUCCAUCUGUUCAGUCAAGCAAACUGCCUCAGGUUUGGCGGGUAGGUGCCUCUACUUAGUUUCUAAAACUUGCAAUACCAAUAUAAACACGUACCUCCCUACUGAUGCAAAUCCCCCUUUCCAACCCUCGCAGCAAUUUCUCUAGCAACUACACCUCAACCAUAUUGAUCCUGCCAUCGAACCAUGAGGAUCUUAUAACGAUGAAGAAGCAAGAACAGGGUCGGCGAGGUGCUCAAAGUUGCCAAGGAGGUAAACGAGGUCGCGGGACCCAACGAGCAGCUCGUGGAGCCCAACGCCAGCAGCAACGACUACCACUCCAGGCAGACACGGCCGCCCAGCAGCCCGAAGCCCAUCCCGCUCCUCCAACUGUCCCACUUCGAACAGAAUCUGCCGCAGUGUCCACUAUACACACUCGAAUUUAUGGAAGCGCUGGCGCCCCAACCAAUUCUGCGAAUGUCAACCCCCAGGACCUGUCUGUCGGAGUCGCCAGCUCGGAGGGCAAUCGAGAGGAGAUGAGGGUGAAAGUUAAGCUGGCGUUGCCCUCGUUUGGCUACAAAGAACUGGAUGCGGACGAUCUUGAUCUGGUGACCAUCCUAAGACAGAUUGCAGUCCGCUACAACGUCAAUAUUGCACUGCCAACUGACGAUGGAACAAUUUCGAUCAAUGCCCAGUCCAAGUUCAGGGCCCAUGAGGCUAUCCAGGCCAUUUUCAAAGCCCUGGAAAGUCAAGCAGAUGACUCUAAGGCAUGGCAUCCCCAGAUACUGAUAGGCCCUCCAACUUCUGGAAAAGACCACUUUGAAGCUCGGCUUGAGAAGGCACCAGAUGGUUCGCGUCCCAUCUUGUCGCCCAGCACGACCAACACCUCCGGGCCCGACAACGAUGAGCUCGAACCUCUCACUCAGGGAUAUCAGGACGCCUUUUGCCACAAGAUGUUCCAGAUUGCUGGAAGCCUUCGCUCGAAUCCAAAUGAGAUGCAAAUGGGAGUGUACUUUGGGACCCUGCGACUCCAGGAAUGGAAGAAGGACAAGGAUACUUAUUCUUUCGACGAUUUGGAGAUAUUGACCCGCCGUAUCAGUCUACGAGGGACUUUCAAGCUGGACGGAUUUCUUGGUUCCGACCGGUUCAACGAGGACUUGAUGACAAAGAUCUAUUCUUCAGAGAAUUUCUUUGAACCCAUCACGCCGCGUAUUCCCGACCUCAAAGAUGUGCCAGCAAGGCACACCCUGAUGUUGAAAACUGCGGGUCUGGAUCUCGAGACAGAAGUCAUUGGUGUGCUAGACAAUGACCGGGCGACCACCAAGUACCGGCUUGGCCCUGUUCAUGGUUUCCGUCGGGAAAAGCGGCACCAGGCUGUCGAGAUCGUCACAUCGUGCCCUGAGUCGCGAUAUGACUGGGACCUGGAGGUGCGGACCCAGGUCAAGGUCGACUCACUUCCCUUUAACCGCCGCGAACUUGAAGUCAAUACUCGCUUCAAGGCAAAGGAACAGAACCAUUCAUUCCCAGAUGUGGUCGUCCUCAAAGAUUUCGCCACGAGAUCCAAGCUCGAGGGGGUCAUGGGGAAGACGACGUGGGUAUUCCGUAUCAGAGGCACGCCGUACCUGGUUGAAGUUUCUCUUUUCCGCAAAUGGGAAGGUCCGUCAACCAAUGCCCCGGCCGUCAUGGGAUCGGGAGUCACAAUGAGGGGAGUUGGUUGGGACGAGGAGCUAGGCCCCAAGAAUAUUGCAGAAGGUCUUCGGCAGUGGAGUGACAACUUCAACGAGUUGUUUCCUGACGUCGACCGUAAGGAUGAUGGACUUGAGGUAUUCUUCCGUUGCGUCAAGGAGGUCCAGGACAUUCUUGGCGAGGUUGCGGAGUUCCAGUAUGUCGAGGACUAGAGUCCGACAGCCGCAGAAAAAGCCACGGCAGGACAGGGGAUGACAAGGGCGUUUGCUUAGCAAGGCAGGUCUGGCCGGGAUAUUUUUCUUGACUCGGGGUUGUUGAUUCUCUCUCAUUCCUCCGUCUUGUAUCUUCUCUGGUGACUGUUUGACGGGGGGCCGUCGACUCUAAUUGAUACAAUGCAACGGAUGUCUGAGAAAGCUGCGUCACACAUGAUCCUCAUACAUUUCGAGGUUCUGGGUCUAGGUAGUUCGAUAUGGCCAUUUCCCCAACCACCUUCCACCUUCCUUCCACGAGUAGCAGAU